AAAAUUUUCAUCAUUUGCCAGCCAGCAGUCGUGAUAUUAACUUUGGCAAUAGACUCCCCACGAAAAACAUUGGAUGAAUUUCAAUAAAACGUAGUUUAAUAAAAGUUCUCUAAAAUGAAAAUUCUGUUAGAUAGUUGUAUUGCUUUUAUUUUGUUCUUCCAUUUAGUUAAAGCAGAUCCACCUCUCCAGUGCUAUGAAUGUUCCUCGGAAUCGGGUGAAAGCUGUGCAGCACCCAACCUGAAUAAAAACGCAGAUCGGUUGACGACAAUUUGUGCUAAUAAUGUGAAAAUGUGCUUUACACAGAUCCAAAAUGGAAAAAUUAUAAGAGGUUGUGUGUCAAAUGAAAAUGCGAACAGUUCAUCCAAAAGGUUAUUGGAUUCGAAUUCUACAACUUACCAGACAUGCUUGACACCAAUGUGCAAUGAUGAAGAAAUUAAGAAAGAAUUUUGUAUAGUUUGUGAUUCUGAGUCUCAUCCGGACUGCAAACAUGAUCCAUCGACUAAAAUGGCCAGGCAAUGUCCGUUAUCCAUCAAGCCACAAGGAUGUUUAAUGUAUCAAAAUCAAAAGAAUUCCGUGAAGCGUGACUGUAUGUCGGCUGAUGAAAAAUUACGCGGACUAUGUUUGAACGAAAAGGAUCAAACCUGUAAAUACUGCUUCGGCGAUGAAUGUAACAAACAACGUUACUUCGCUGUAUGUCAGAGUUGCAAAUCAUAUAAUGCUUUGGAUGAUGAUUGCAUGAAUUCACCUUGGCUUACCGAUCUCGAAACAUGCCAAAAUUACGUGGACGAUUGUUACACUCAUAUUGACGAUAGGAACAUUGUUUCGAGAGGAUGUUUUAGUACAUUUCCUACCGACAAGCACAAUUGUACGGACCCAGACACAUGCUUGCGCUGUAGUGGAGACGAUGCUUGCAAUGAUAUCGCUAUCAAAACCGAAUCAUGUAUCACAUGCGAUAGCAAAGAUCCGAAUUGCAGAGAUAAUGUCUCAUCGAAAAUGCUUAAGAAGUGCCGGUUGUCAACAAAGUUGAUGGGUUGCUAUCACUUGGAGGAAAAUGAUGAAAUCAAACGGGGAUGCAUAUCAGAUGUACAAGAUGAACAGUUUCGUAGAUUGUGCGAAUCAAAUAAGAACAAGUGCAAAGAGAGUGUAGAAAAUGCAUCUAACGAACAAAAGGUAUUCCAGAAAUGCUUGACAGGCAGUCAUUCCGACCCGCAGACUAUUGGUACAGCCACUUUCGAAUCGAAAACUUGUACGAAUCACAAAGAUGAGUGUUAUACACAUGUGGCAAAUAAUGUCAUUCGAAAAGGAUGCCUUAGUGAUGCCAAGACGUUUUUGAAGGAUGGAAUUGACGUUGAGUCUGACUGCAAAGAUUCAGACGUUUGUGAGAAAUGCUCUGGAAGCAUCGACUGCAACAAUAAAAAUAUUCAAAAGGAAUUUUGCAUAAUUUGUGACUCAAAAAAUCAAACGGCUUGCAAUUAUUCUCCAAAUUAUUCGAUGCGUGGUCAAUGUCCGCUAUCAAUCCGACCAUUGGGAUGUUUGCUGUUUGAGAAUGGAACUUCAGUUAAACGUGACUGCAUGUCAACCGAUUCAGAACUGCGCGAGCUGUGUCUGGCUGAGAGUGACACCUGCAAAUAUUGUUUUGGUGAUGGAUGUAACAUAAAGCAACAUUUCUCCUAUUGUUGCAACUGUAGUUCAGCUCAAGAUGGAUAUGCUUGCAUAACGACUCCAUGGAUAACUAAAUUGCAAACUUGUAAACACUAUCUGGACGAGUGUUUUACUCAUAUCAACGAUGAUGGUAUUGUUACGAGAGGAUGUCUCGAUGAUUUCAGAUCGGAUAAGGGAGAUUGUACAAAUAAAGAUACUUGCGUACGGUGCAGCGGAGGAAUUGGGUGCAAUGAUAUUCGUCCCCUAAAAGAAUCGUGCAUAUCGUGCGACUCAAACGAUGAUUCAAAUUGUAGGUCUAAUGUAACAUUAGAAAAUUCAGAGGUUUGUCCCCAGAAAUCGAUUCGUCGCCUGGGGUGUUUCCAUUUUAUCAACGAAACUGGUGGGCACACAAAGCGGGGUUGUGUUUCAAGCUUAAGUACAAAUGAUCGAAACCUUGAAGCAAAGCAGCCAAAUAAAUGGAAAUAUUGCCGUGGAAGCGACAAUUGUAAUUCAAAGACAACAUUUACAAAAUGUCUCGCUUGCGAUUCUUCUGUCAAUUUUGAUUGCAUCUCAAAUCCAACUCUAUCCGGCACUUCGGUUAAAUUGUGUAACAAUUACGAUGACUCGUGUUUUUCCGUUAUUGGAUUUCACAUUGUUGUCAGAGGGUGUUCAAAUGAUAUGGACUGGAAGUCGCGAAUAUCCGAAAAAGUGUGUCAUGACUCUCCAGAAAAGUGUGACAUUUGCAAAAAUAGUGAAAAUGGAGAGAUUUGCAACAGUAAGCGAUUCAAUGGGGCUAAAUGUAUUUCAUGCGAUUCUGAGAAAGACAAGCGAUGUCAUAGUGAACCAGAAUUGACAUACCAAAAACUCUGUGGUUUGGUUAAUUCACCUGACGAAGACUUGGGUUGCUACCUAAUGAGGGAUAGCACUAAUCGAACUAGAAGAGGCUGUGUAUCCGAUCUUACCGCUCAAGACCGCUUCAAAUGUUUGAAUGGCACGGACCAAUGCCAAACUUGCAAAGGAGACAACUGUAAUAAGAAAGUCGAAUUUCAGUAUUGCUAUGUCUGUACAAGCCGAAACGAUCCAAUUUGUGCUCAAACUGAUCCAUCGCAAGCCCUUACGAUGUGCCCAAAUUAUUUGGAUCAAUGUCUGACUGCUAUCGAUUCAGAAGGUUUCACGGUACGGCAAUGUGUUUCGAACCAAACGAGGAACUCAGAUCCCAACAAAUUCUCAAUGCAUAAUGUAUGCGAAGAGAGUAAAUGCAAUGGUAAUAUAUUCCCUGAAAAUCGUUUACAAUGCUUCCAAUGUGACGGAGACCGCUUGUGUGAUCGCCUGAGAACAAAUGAAAAUGUUUCCUUAGAAGAAAAACCGUGCGCCGUGUAUUCAAAGAUCGACCAGUGUUUUAUGUAUAUGGACGACGAACAUAAUAUGCAUCGUGGAUGUCUGACCGACUGGAAAGAAAGUAGGUUAUUCUGUCUAAAACGACCGCACAUGUGUGUGACUUGUAGCGAAAAUGGAUGCAAUAAUCGCACACUAGUCAUUGAACCAACGUCGAAGUGUCACCAAUGUAAGGACUCAACGAACUGCACCUUUGGACUGGUCAACCAGGAUACCAUUGUUAACUGCAACAUGCCGGUGAUUUUCGGAGCGGAAGAAUCGUGUUACACACGAUCGUUUAGUGAUGGCUCAGUUGAGAGGGGCUGCACUCUUGAUGCAGCCGUUGGUGAUCCUGAUUGGUGCAAAGACAUCGAUGAGUGUAAUGAGUGCAAAGGUCACGGCUGCAAUAAUGAAAACAUUCAAUUCAGUUUCUGCUUGCAAUGCCAUAGUACAGACGAUAUCGAUUGCAAAAAUCCCGCUAACGGAACUGAAACGUUCAACGUAAAAUGUGUACCCAUUCAUAAUAAUUCUAGCGUUACUGAUAAUGCGGUGAAAACAGCUAUAUACGACCCAUAUUCAUUUACUGAACGAGGCUGCUACAUAAUCAAUAGAGGUGAUAAAGUACAAAGGGGCUGUUUGGUUGACCUAAGCGUUGAUGAACGGGAGGAGUGCAAAACAAAUUAUUGGUGUAAUACAUGCGAAAAUGAUAAUUGUAACGACGUGGGACUCCCAUCUACAGCUAAUAUCAUCAGAUUGUCAUCAUUCAGUUUUUUCAUUUACACAAUUGUAACAAUAAUACAUUACACACGCAUAAAAUUAAAUAUUAACAUUUAAUUAUGACCUAUAUAUCGACAAUUUUCGAUGGAAUGAAAUUUCGUCAAUAUUUCAUGUUUCUCAUCGAACAAGAGAACAAGUGUAUUGUGCAACAGUUUUGUAUCUAAGGAAUACCAUAUCUAUUCGUAAUAAAAUUGUUUUAUGACGCAAA